UAACCCCGCCCCCAACAACCUGCCUGACCCGGAAGAGGAAUCCCUGGAGCAGUCAACAACGACCCGGGGGGAUUUAAAUCGGGUUCAGGGGGAGCCGUAUACAAGCUAGAGAGAUCUGUCUGAGUAUAAAGAAACAGUAUGGAUCAUUCUAAAGCAAAUCAUGGUCUACUGGCAAAAGAAGGUUCAAACUGGACAGGGGUCCAACAAAAAAAUGCUUAUGCUAGGCUGGUCCAGCAGCAUCACAGUGGACGCUUUAAAUUCUACUUGAACUAUAUAGCACAAAAACUGCAACUGGAAGAAACCAGUCAUGUGGAUACUGUCUGUGACAGAGACUCUACUGGGGAAGGCCUUCAAGAAAGUUCUGGUAAAAAUGGCUUGUAUUCUAAUACACUGUCCUCCUUUGAAAGAAACAGUGUCUCAAAGUUUGAGAAGGGAUUUGCUGUGGGAGACCCCGACAAGAAAAGUGACGUAGAAACGAAUCGUAUUGGCAGACAUGGCAAUGGGGAUGAAGACUUUGACUCAAAGGAGAAAGCAACUUUUCAAAGCAGAGCUAACUUACUCAGCGCAAAUCUUCCAACUCCCAAAGACAAUCUUGACUUUGAGAGUAGAAAAGAAUCCCGGGCUGAGAAGCGUAUGCCAUUGUCUCAGACUUGUUCGAAGGGUGUCCCAAGAGAAUUAUUUUCUGAAGGUGGUGACAGGAGAGGAUUUUCCAGGAUAAGAAACACAUCGGAGUGUGCCAGCUCACCCCCAAGUGUCGAAAGGAAGCGACAGCUUUCGGAGUCUCACAGUGACAGCAUGUUCAACGCUCAAGUCAUGGUCAGCCCAUUGCAGACUGGGGCAGGAAGAGGUGCAUAUCGCAGUUCUGGCUCCACACCCAAUGAUAAAAAGCAUAACAAGACAAGGAAAAGAAACGUGUUUGAAGCCUACUUGUCCAAGGAAGAAGUAUCUGCAGGCCUGAAGAGAGGAGAACUGAUUCAGGGUCCUCUGAGGAUUAAUCCCAAGAAAUUCCAUGAAGCCUUCCUGCCAUCCCCGGAUGGAAUAAGGGACAUUUUUAUUGAAGGAGUGGUUUCCAGGAAUCGAGCGCUGAAUGGUGAUAUUGUAGUUGUGAGACUGCUUCCACGUGAACAAUGGAAGGUUGUAAAGCCAGAGGUUUGUGAUGGUGACAAAACAUCUGCUCUGACAGACACAGCGAAGCUUACAGCAGCUUCACAUCAUGUACGGGAUGGAUCGAAGAGCCCAGAUCUCAUUAUAGAGGCCCAGUUUGAGUGUGGCUUAGAAGAAGACCUCCAGACUAGAUUAUCUUGCAAUACUGACAAUCAAACUAAAGAAAACCCAGAGACUGUUGCAGUGAAUAAAGUACGUUCUAAAUCUGCUCACCAAAGCCAUAUAACAGAUGAUGGGCUUCAGAAGACUGCAAAGGUAGUUUACAUAUUGGAGAAAAAACAUUCAAGAGCUGCCACUGGCUUCAUUAAACCACUGACUGACAAAAACGGGGAACUUGCCAAAAAGUGUGCUUUAUUUUCACCCGUUGACCAUAGGCUUCCUAGAAUAUAUGUCCCACUUGCAGACUGCCCUGCAGAAUUCGUAAUCCGUCCACAAGAUUUUGCAAGCACGCUUUUCAUCUGCCAUAUAACUGAUUGGAGAGCAGACAGCAAUUUUGCUGAGGGGAAGUUGAUGAAGAGCCUUGGACAGGCGGGUGAGAUUGAACCAGAGACGGAAGGCAUAUUAACAGAAUAUGGAGUGGAUUUCUCUGAAUUCUCCAAUAAUGUCCUGCAGUGUUUACCACAGAUUUUACCAUGGACUAUUCCUGCAGAGGAGUUGAAGAAGAGAAGAGAUUUGAGAAAGGAGUGUAUCUUCACCAUUGAUCCUUCCACUGCUAGAGACUUGGACGAUGCCUUAUCCUGUAAACUACUCCCAGAUGGAAACUUUGAAGUUGGAGUCCAUAUUGCAGACGUGGGCUAUUUUGUUGAAGAAGGGAAUGCUCUCGAUUUCAUAGCACGUGAAAGGGCCACCAGUGUGUACCUUGUACAGAAGGUCAUUCCUAUGUUGCCCAGAUUACUUUGUGAAGAGCUUUGCAGCUUAAACCCAAUGGCAGACAGACUGACAUUUUCUGUCAUAUGGAAAAUCACUCCUCAGGGAAAGAUCCUUGAUGAGUGGUUUGGCCGAAGUGUUAUCUGCUCCUGUGUGAAGCUGAGCUAUGACCAUGCACAAAGCAUGAUUGAGAAUCCAGACAAACUGCCUGGUGUGGAGGAACUGCCCCCUGUGUCCCCUGAUCGUACAGUACAAGAGAUUCAACAAGCCGUUCUCAGCCUGCAUCUUAUUGCACAAAAUUUACGUAGACGACGAUUUGAAGAUGGUGCUUUAAGACUGGACCAGCUAAAGCUAUCUUUUACAUUAGACAAAGAAAGUGGGAUGCCUCAAGGCUGCUACAUUUACAAGUACAGAGACAGCAACAAGCUGGUGGAAGAGUUCAUGUUGCUUGCAAACAUGGCUGCUGCUCAUAAAAUUUACCGCCAGUUUCCUGAAUUGGCGCUGCUUCGACGCCACCCUCCACCACAGACGAAGUUGCUGAAUGACCUGAUUGAAUUUUGUGACCAAAUGGGAAUUGAUGUCAACUUCACCAAUUCUGGAACUUUACAUAAAAGCUUGAAUGAUCAGUUUGGUGCAGAUGAGUAUUCUACAGCACGCAAGGAAGUUCUGACCAACAUGUGUUCCAGGCCUAUGCAGAUGGCAGUGUAUUUCUGCAGCGGAAUGCUGAAGGACGAAACCAUGUUCCACCACUAUGCAUUGAAUGUUCCUUUGUACACUCACUUUACGUCUCCCAUAAGACGUUAUGCGGACAUCAUAGUUCACAGGCUUCUUGCUGCUGCCAUAGGACGUGGGCCAGCACUGCAGUUGCCACAGGAAGCAAUCCAGAAACAGGCAGACCACUGUAAUGACCGCAAAACCGCAUCCAAGAGGGUGCAGGAAUUGAGCGCAGAACUCUUUUUCUCUGUAUUUGUAAAGGAGAGCGGCCCACUGGAGUCUGAAGCCAUGGUUAUGGGGGUCUUAAAUGAAGCAUUUGAUGUCUUGGUCCUGAGAUAUGGUGUUCAGAAGCGGAUUUAUUGUAAUGCUCUUCCUCUCCAGAGCUCACAUUUCCAACAGGUAGGGAAGAAGCCUGAGUUGACACUUGUUUGGAGUCCAGAACAUGAUGGAGAUGAGCCUGUUCGCCAGGUAAUUAGCAUUUUCACGCUAUUGGAGGUGGUUCUGAAAUCAGAUAAUGUGCCUUUGAAGUAUACAGCAGUCCUAAAAAGACCUGGGGCUGCAAACUGAGCUCUGGAAGGACACUUCAGGGGAUUGUGUGACAAGAAGUGCUUUACCACAUGUCCUAAAUCAGUGCAAUAUCCAAAGGAAGGAAUUGACUGAAUUAUUCUGAAUUUGCAGUGGCGUGCUAUAUACUGGGCAUAAAGUGUAAAAGAAAAUGUUUUUGUAUUUUUUGCUUUCUCAUUGUCCAGUUUUUUAUUUUACCUUUCAUUGUGAAUUAGAGAAUAGACAUGGUAUAGUCAGCCUGGCAUCAUUUAAAAGCCAAGGUACCCCUUCACUGUCCUUUUUUAUAGCUACAAUGCAUCUAAAUUCCCAUCUGGGACACUUUUGGCAUAUCACUAGGAUAUGCCAUAAAUGUUAGAUAGGUGCAGGUCCCACCUAUAAUAAAGGGUGAGCAAGCUGUGCAUGUACAGCCACCCUCGAUUCACUAUUGGGCUUCCAGAUAUAGCUGAGCAUUUGCUUUUCUAUUUUCCAAAGUCCAGUAGCAGUGAAUUGAGAGGACGCUGCACAUGUGCAGUGUGUUGUCUGUUCACUUUGGGGCCCUGUUCAGGAUCUAGUCCAGAGUUGGGACCUGCACCUAUUUGACAUUUAUGACUUAUCCUAAGAAUAUGCCAUAAAUGUCCCAGAAGGGGAAUACCUCUUUUUAAUAUUUUGUCUACAGCUCCCAUGCAGACCUAUGUGUUUCCUUGUUAACAAACCUUAUGUAGUCUGAGUCAGCAGUCCUAAUGCUAUCCAUCCGUACACUACAUCUUGCCAACCUACCACAUGUAUGUUUCUGUGAAGUAGCGGACUGAAUGAUGGGGAUAAUUUCCGGGACCAGACUAUACAAGCUUUGUUUAGUCCGUAACUACUGAGACACAAAGUUCUGCAUGGGAGCUGUAGACACAAACAAUUUCAGAUUUAGAAUUAAGACUAUUUGCAUAGUAUUUUAUUUUUGAUGCAUUGGAACAAUUAAAUAUAGCUGUGAAAGUGUGGGACUUCUCUUUAAAAUGUACUUUUUCGUGUAAAAUGGUAAUACUUACAAUUCGUACAAUGUACAUGAGAAAAAAGAAUGCGACUUAGGAAUUUAUUAUUCAUGUUUUUACUUUUUUUAAUAUUUUAUUUGUUUCUGGAUUCUCUCCAGAUUUUAACAAAAUGUUUACAUCUUUUAUUUUGCACUAUAUAAUUUUACAGUGCUUGGUUACCAGUAUGUAAUGAAUAGAAAUACACCAAUCACUUGCCAGAAAUGGACAAAUUAGAAAUGAAUUUGACUUUUGUGUCCUUUUUAUUUUUAUUUUUAAAUUAUUAGAAGUAGUUUCACAGUCGUACCUGUAUCCUUCACCUGACUACUUGUGUGCCACCAAACACAUGGGGGAGAUUUAUCAAAACUGGUGUAAAGGAAAACUGUCUUAGUUGGCCAUAGCGACCAAUCAGGUUCCACCUUUCAGUUCUCAGGACUCCUUUGGAAAAUGAAAGGUGUAAUCUGAUUGGUCGCUAUGGUCACAAACACCAGUUUUGAUAAAUCUCCCCCAUGGUUUUUAUCAGCAUUACACAAUGUCAGGAGCUGCUUAUUCUCUUGCUUUAUAGUCAAACAGUAAAUUUGUAAGAUCUAUGUGUAGUCUCCUAAUAUCUGUAAUCCACAAUCCAAUAAAAUUCUCUG